AUGGGCGGCGCCUCCGCAGUGCAGCUGGAUGGCGCUGCCAUGCUGGUGCAGGUGUCGCAGCAUGAUGUGCCAGAACCGCCACCGGAGACGUGGGGCGCCUACGCCAAGUCCGGGCAGGAGUCCACAGGAGUGAUUCAGAUGAUCGAACUUCUCAUCAAGGACUUGGACAAGGAGAUCACCGAGGCGGAGGUGGAAGAGAAGAACUCGCAGAAGGCGUACGAGGAGCUCAUGGGAGAUUCCGCCUCCAAGCGCGCGGCAGACAUGAAGGCGAUCGGCGAGAAGACACGGGAGAAGGCCCUCAAGGAGGAGUCCAUGGAGGUGAGCACCGGCACCCUGAAGGUCGCCGAGAAGGAGUUGAUGGCCACGAAGCAGUUCGAGAUGAAUCUCCACGCCGAGUGCGACUGGCUCAUCCAAUCCCACGGAUUCUUCGACGUCCGCAAGGAGGCCCGGGCGCAGGAGGUCGACAACCUCAAGGCGGCCAAGGCCAUCCUCUCGGGUGCGGACUUCUCCCUCCUGCAGGGCGAUGCCGUCGGCUCCGCGGCCGCGGCGGCGGCGCGCCGCCUGCGCCACUGA